AGUUGCCUAAACAGAUAAUAUAAGAGGUGAAAAAUUAAAUACUUAUUGAUGAUGAAAGCUCUGUACUUAUUCUGUAUUUGAAAAUUAAUUUUUUUAAGAUUUAAAAUUUAGAAGGAAAAUGAUGGGAUGAUCAUUUUUCAAAAUUGAACCGUUGUUAUUGAAAAAUUUUGAAUUUGAACCCAGGAUUGCGUUCAUUUUUCCUGAGAAUAAUUCAAAAUUUAGGUAAACAAAUAGUAAUUUAAAAAAAUAAAAUGAAAAAUUAUUCUCAAAACUUGGUGUAAAAAAUUUAAAUAAAAACAUGAAAUGUACAGUAAAAUUGAAAGAUGAAUAUCUCAUUGAGUAUUAAAGCUAAAAAUUUUGUUGAUACAUCAUUGGAAGAAAAAGCAUGAAAUUUUCUUUUAAAAACAAUAAUAAAAAAUUAAUGCUGUCGAUCUACACACUGAGUAAAUUUAAUUUAAAGUUUACCUGCUGAAAGUGUUGAAAAAACAGUAAAAAUACACCAACGUUUGGAGAUUUUGAGGGAGAAUCUUAUUCCAUUGCAUCUGCUUAUAAAAUGUACAUAUAUGAGACUUGAAAAGUGCGACAGUCACCUUGUAGGAGCAGGUUAUACGUACACUGAGAAGGAAAUUUUUGUCAGGUUAUCCAUAAAAAUUUUCUCAACUCUAUGGCACGGGACACCGAAAUCGGAAAAAUACGUACACGUAGGUAAACAAUUUUUCGCGCGUUAUUUCAUACUUCACAUUCGACAUUAUAGUAUAUGUACUUACCUUGAGGUUUUUCGAUGCGCAAUAAUAUUUUUCUUAAAAUGAAAGAAUUCUGUUACAAGUUUCUAUUUCUAAUUCGGUAGUUCAAAGCGAACUAAAUCUGAGCGAUUAUUACUUCAUUAUUCUUGUUCAAAGCUCAAAAAUUUGAUUUUAACAUGUCGAACAGAAAUUCAUCUACCGGAUCACAACUCACAAGUGCUAUUGGUAUAUCAAAUCGUAACAUAAAUAGAUCUUCUAAACUCGAGAACCGUCGCAACAGGAAUCGUAGUAUGAAAACUUGCAAUUUAUCGUGGAAUAUUGAUAGUUUAACGGCAUCGAGAUUUACUCGUACUUCAUCUCCUGUAUUUUCAUCUGUAGAUGACGAUUUAAAGUGGCAUUUAGAAUUUUUAGACUGUUUGGGUUCGUCUCAGUCCAUUUCGAUUAUUUUGAUUUUUAAUCACGAAAAAGGAUUUUUCAAAAAGUAUAACUCUAUAUCAGGGGACGCGGAAUUGUCUUUUAUGAGGUCUGAUGGUUCUGGUAACGUUCAGAAGAAGAAAAAAAAUUUUGAAAUCCACAAUACCGGUGACGAUACACAGGUAUUGCCCUCUAUACGUUUUUCGGGUUUUGUUGAUACCAAUACUCGGGUACGUCAAGGUAACCAGCUGAAAAUUGUUUGCAAGGUCACCUAUACAACGACUGAAAAAAAAAUACGUAAAAAUCCUUUUCACGGGCUCUCUGACGACUUGGAAUAUUUACUUUUUAAUAAACAAUUCAGCGACGCAAUCGUAAAGGUCAAAGGUAAAGAAUACCCUGUUUUUAAAGGUAUUUUAGCUGCUCGUAGUCCCGUUUUUGAAAGGAUGUUUCGAGAAGAUAAUGGCAUGCUAUUAGAGAACACAACAAAUAUUGUCGAGAUUUCGGACUUUAGUCCAGAAGUUAUUGAAGAGAUGUUACGUUUUAUUUACACCGGAAAGGUUGAAAAAUUGGAAAAAUUGGUUAACCAAUUGCUACACGCAACAGAUAAGUAUCAAUUGGAAGGUUUGAUGGAAAUUUGCGAAGAUAUGUUAUCUAAGCAGUUGUCGAAGGAUAAUGUGAUCAAUACUUUGAUACUGGCUUAUAAUCAUAAUGCGGAUUGGCUCAAAAUGGAAGCCCUUCAAUUUAUAAAAUUAAAUUUGCAUCCCGCAGAUCUCAAUAGGGACUCUGAAAUUUGGGAAGUUUUAACUUCAAAUCGUGAUUUGAUGAAGGAUUUGAUUGAUGUUCUUCUAACAAAUAAAGAUUUAAAGCAACGCAAUAUAUUUUCCGAUUUGUUUUUGUAGCACUCCGAUUAUAAAUGUAGGUACCUUGGCAAAAUCAUUUUACGUUUCAGAAAAUUUCCUUUUAAAUAAGCACAAAAUAUUAUUUUUGUAUUCUGCCUUAAAAUUCAUAUUUUCAGUUUUCACACAUGCAUUUUGAUUAUUAUUGCAUUUUGAGAAUCGCAACACAAUGUUGCAGAUGAAAACAUUGUCUGUUUUUUUGACGAUGAUGAUAUCGAUGAUGGAUGGAAUGAUGAUGAAGAUUGAAUUAAAGAUUAAACCUCGAUUUUGUUUCUUUUUUCGACGAUUAAAAUAGAAUUUUAAUUCAAAAAAUUUGUUCCGUUCUGCGAAUAGUGUGUGUAAUUUUAGGAAACAAAACCCAACGAUAUAUAUACCUAGCCAUUUUUGUAAUGUGCUUGUCAAGACCAGUGAUACGAUACCCAUUUUGAAUUCGAAUAUUUUCGAAUAUUUUUAGGUUGUUUAAAUAUUUUGAAAACAUUUCACUCCAAAAAAUCGAAUAAUAUAAUAUUCAAUAUUUUACCUCGAGUGAGAGUAUAAGUAUUUGGGUCGUCCUAAGUUAUAAUAAAUGUAUUACCGUAGUGCUUUAAUAUUACUUUCUCAAAUAUUGAUAUCGUUGAAAAUUUUUUAAAACACACAUUGUUUGUCUUUUAUAGUUACCUAGUAAUUUCAUUUGUAAAUUUAAUUUAUAAGUACCUACGAGCUUGAAUCAGCGUUUUUUUAUUUUAAUAUUUCUCUAAUGUAAGUGGGUAUUAUUUAGAAUUAA